AUGUUGGUCCUCGUGAUCGGCGACCUGCACAUUCCCUUCCGCGCCCACGACCUGCCAGCCAAGUUCAAAAAGCUUCUGGUGCCCGGCAAGAUUCAGCAAAUCAUAUGUACGGGCAAUGUGUGCAACAUCGACUACCUCCACUAUCUGCGCACCAUCGCAGGAGACGUACAUCUCGUCAAGGGCGAUUACGAUGACAAUCCGCACUUCCCAUCCAGCCUGAUCCUCAACCAUCCGCCACUUCGCAUCGGUGUGCUUCAUGGUCACCAAGUGGUUCCGGCCGGGGAUACCCAGUCUCUUGCUGCUGUUGCAAGGGCCAUGGACGUCGACAUUCUGCUCACAGGACAUACGCAUCGUUUCGAGGCUUUCGAACUAGAGGGUCGCUUCUUCGUCAAUCCAGGCAGCGCGACCGGGGCUUGGCAUCCUACGUGGCCCUUGAAGGAUCCUGCCUCCGUAGCUGCUCUGGCUGAGAAGGCGGCUGCCAAGGCGGAAGAGGAUGUGGUAGUCGUUGAUAAGAAGGGAGACAAGAAAGCCCAGGAUGCAAAGGCCAAGAAGAGCGCAAAAGCAGCCGAUACCAAGAAGAGCGACGACACGGCAAAGGACAAGACAUCCGACUCGAAGGAUGGCGAGACAAACAAGGAUAACGCCGAGGAUGCAGACGAGGAGGAAGAAGCAAAGGAGGCCCCGGGCCCUGUUCCCAGUUUUGCCUUGCUGGACAUCCAGGGUGCUGUCGUCGUUACCUAUGUCUACCAGCUCAUCGACGGCGACGUCAAGGUGGAAAAGAUUGAAUACCGAAAGAACCUCGACAGCAACUCAUUGGCCUUGCAAAGAGGCGCAUCCGCAAGUGCUGCUGCAGUUGGCGCCUCGGGUGCUGCCUACGGUCAGUACGGCGGACGAUAG